AUGGGUUUACCUGGACCCAAGCCACGUUUUUUCUUUGGUAACUUGAUUGAGUUAUUUAGUCAUAGUCGCCAUUCAGCUGCGUGUUUAUCAGAUUGGACAAAAGAAUAUGGAAAAAUCUAUGGCUAUUUUAUUGGUCAUACACCUAUUAUCUGUAUUUCUGAUCCAGAUGUUCUUCAAGAAAUAUUUGUAACUAAAUUCAGUUCUUUCCAUUCAAGACGGCCGUUACCGCUUCAACAAGAAGAUCUUCGGCAUUUAUUAGCUUCGAAAGAUGAUGAAUGGAGAAGACAACGAUCAAUAAUACAACCAACAUUUGGUCCAAAUAAAUUAAAAGAAAUGCGAGCUACAAUCGAAAAAUGUAUUAAUGAAUUAAUGAACAAAUUAGAUAAUCAAACCGUCGAUAUUGAAUUUGAUAUAUCACAUUUGCUAAAACGUACAUCAAUGAAUAUUAUUUUAAAUUGUGCAUUUGGUAUUAAUCCCGAUAAAAAUAAAAAAUUAGCCGAAUCAUAUUUUCGACGAUGUAUACAAGUAUUUGAAUUUAGUAUAUUUCAAAAUACGUUAACAAUAUGUUCAAUGCUGGUACCAGAACUCAAUUUUAUAUGGGUUACAUAUUUUAAAUAUGUCAAUAUAUUUCGUUUAUGGUUAUGCAAUCGCAUACCAUUGAUGAACCGUUUUAUUGAUACAGAUCCAAAUACAUGGCUCUUAUAUCAUGUUGAAAAGGUCAUUAAACAACGUUGUCUACAUGGUAUUGAAAAAAUCGAUUUAUUGCAAUCAAUGAUUGAUGCGACAGAUGUUUUUCAAAAGAUGUCUUCGCCGUCAACAUUAUCAAAAUAUCGUCUAAAUUUAGAUGAACUAUUAAAUAAUAUCUAUCUGUUUAUGAUUGGAGGAUACGAAACUACAGCAACAGCUUUGGAGUAUCUUAUGUAUGUACUAGCUACACAUCCCAAAGAACAGACACGUUUACAAAAUGAACUCGAUGAAGUUUACGAUGAUUAUGAACAAUUAGUAGCACUUGAAUAUCUCGAUUGUUUUAUACGUGAAACAUUACGAUUGUAUCCUAUUGCGCCAUUUAUUGUCAAUCGACAAUGCAACAAAGAGUGUCAAAUUGGUUCAGUCAAAAUUGCAAAAGGCACAAAUCUUACAGUUGAUAUGUUUAGUAUUCAUUAUGAUGAGAAACUAUAUGGUCCAGUAAGUCCAUUUCAGUUUUAUCCUGAGCGUUUUCUUGAAAAACGUCAUCCAUUAGCUUGGCUACCAUUUGGUGCUGGACCUCGAAAUUGUGUUGGAAUGCGUUUUGCCAUGUUAGAAAUCAAAUUAGCAUUAGCAAAAAUUCUUCAUCGCUAUACGAUUUUAUCCGGUGAACAUACAGUAAGUCAAUUUGUGGAACAGGAACGGUUUGUUAUUGAACCAAAAAAUGGCAUUUGGAUUCGUUUACAGCUGCGAGAAAGCGAGACUACGGUCAAGUAA